AUGGAUUAAAAAAAUAAUUUAUAACCUGGUUUAAUAAUUGAGUCUAGAUUCAAAUUGCUUAAGAAGAUAGGGAGUGGUAGCUUUGGAAUUGUUUACUUAACUUAUGAUUUAGAAGAGAAGGAAUAUUGUGCAACAAAAUUUGAAAGUCGAAAUUUAUAAAUGAGAAUGAUGAAUAGAGAGAUACUUAUUUUGAAAUAAUUGAAAGGCAUAAAUGGUAAAUAGUUAUAAAUUUAAUACAUUCAAUUUCAGGUUUUCCAGAAUUAAUUCAUUAUGGCAAAGAUAGCCAAUAUUAAUAUUAUAUAAGUACAUUGUUGGGUGAGAAUUUAGAGGUCUUAUUAUAAAAAUGCGGUGGUAAAUUUACAUUAUAAACUGUACUUCAAUUAUCUAUACAAUUGAUAGAUCGUUUAGAAGGUGUUAUUUAUUUAUAAAUUAUUAUAGUGUUUCACAGCAUGAAUUUUAUUCAUAGAGACAUUAAACCUGAGAAUUUUUUAAUUUCUAAAGAGGAUACAUCAUUGGUUUAUUUGAUUGAUUUUGGUUUGUCAAAAUAUUAUAGAGUGACUGAUGGUAGACAUAUAGAAUUUACAUAAAAAACAGGUGUAAUUGGAACUGCAAGAUAUGCUAGUAUUAAUACAUUACAAUGUACAUAUAUAUAUAUAUAUUAAGGGAUGGAAUAAUCAAGAAGAGAUGAUCUUGAAAGUUUAGGUUAUAUGUUGAUAUAUCUUGUAAAAGGAGAGUUGCCUUGGUCAAAUGUAAAGGCUGUUGAUAAAGAUGAUAAAUAUGAAUAAAUUUUAUAGAUUAAAAUGGGUUUGUCCUUAAAUUAAAUAUGUUUUAAUUUACCUAAAGUAUACAUUAUUAUUAUUAUAGUGUUUUAUUCAUUACUUUCAACAUGUUAAAUCAUUGCUUUUUUAAUAAUAACCUAAUUAUUCACAUUUAAGAAAUUUAUUCGAAAAAUAAUUACUUGAAUAUAAUCAUUAAUUAUAUGAUUGGGAAUUAAAAACAAUAGAGAAAUAAUAAUAGUAAGAUUUAUAAAUUGAUCCAAAUUCAAUACCUGAUAUUAGAUAAUAGAAUGAUUUAGAUAUAAUUCCACCUGUAGAUGAAGAAGGUUAAGUAAUUCGAUUAAAAUAAGAAUAUUAAAAUCAUGUUAAAUUUAUGAAAUAAUUACAUGAAAAAUACUUUGAUCAUAAUUCUUAGAAAUAGAUUUAGUAAAUUUAAUUACAAAAAACUACAUCUAUCGAACAUAAAAGUGAAGCCACAAGCAAAUAAAAUAAUUAUUAAAAUAGCAAUCAUACUUUAAUCUAAAUUGAAUCUUAAACUUAUAUUCAUAAUAGUGUUCAAUAAUUUUCAAAAAGAAAAGAUUCUAAAUCAUAUACUUCAUUUAAAUAAAGCUAAGAGCAUAAAGAGAAUCGAAAAUUUCGAUAAUCAAAUGAUGAUUAUGAUUUAGAUAUGGCUAAUGAAGAUGCAGCUAAUUUUGACUAAAAUAAUCUCGAAGUUAAUUACUUUUCAAAAUGA